AAUGGUUCACAUAUAUCCGACAGCGCUCCAUACAUUUUGGAUCGAUUGAUAAAAUCACGUGAAACGUUUACAAAAUGUCACAUGAUCAACAAAUACAGACGUGAUAAAGGAGGGAAAUCAUUAUAAGUAUUGACCAAAAUACAAUAUAAAAGCACCGUGAAAAACCACUUAGGUUUUCAGCACAGGAUGAAGAAAUUGGUGCAACUCUCUUUAACUACGCUUAUUGCACUGGCAGUCGUCAACAGCGAGUGCAACUUCCCCUCAAGUCUCUGGUGCUCUUCAACAGAGAUCGCCAAAGCAUGUGGAGUGCAUGAGCAGUGUAAAGAAGAGUUUAAAACCGACCCGUCAGCUGGCCCUGUCAACCUGACCUUGUAUUACGAAUUCUUGUGCCCUGCAUGUAGGAACUUCAUUCAAGAACAAUUGUAUCAAACUUGGCGUGAACUUGGAAAUCAUGUCCUUAAUUUAACACUGGUGCCAUACGGGAACGCGCAUGAAAAGAAAGACAUAUUUACAAGAAAGUGGAAAUUUGAGUGCCAGCAUGGAACAGAAGAAUGCAUCGGGAAUAUCAUUGAGACUUGUGCCAUAAACAUUAUUGAUGACAUCAAUGUAUAUUUUCCAUUCAUAAAAUGUAUGGAAGCGAAAGAUACAAUGCCGGAUAAAGCAGCAGAGAAGUGCGCAAAUGCUAUGAAAAUAGAUUUAGCUCCAAUUAUGUCAUGUGCAAACAGUGACAAGGGAAAUUUGCUGGAACAUGAGAUGGCUUUGAAAACGGAAGCAUUAAGACCAAACCAAACGUAUGUUCCAUGGAUCACAAUCAAUGGGGUUCAUACAGAAAAGAUGCAAGAUAUGGCACAAAAAGAUUUACUGAGUCUGAUUUGCGACACAUACAAGGGAACUCCACCAAAAGUUUGUCAUCGGCAUAUUCAAGAAAAGGACUUUGUCGAAAAAAGAGGGCAUUGCUUGAAGUGACAUAUAUUCCAGAUUUUGCAAAAAAAAAAUGAAUCAAAAGAUGAAAUAGAAAUAAAGAAGGAAAAAUGAUUUCAAAACAUUAAAGUUAAGGAAAAAUUUUAAUAAAAUAUAUAUAUCGUCUUUAAAUAAUUUAAUUCUCGUUGUUGAAAGACUGUCUCCCGUAAAUUGAGAAUAAUUUCCAGCAAAACAAUUGUAAAGAUUUUCUUAGGAAAUACCAGUAUAAUAAUAUAUCUCGAACGUUAUUCAUAUUGUGAAACUAACAAGUUAUUAUUAUAGUAUCGCAUGAAAGGAAAAUUUAAAGAAAAAAAAUCUGAAGAGAAGUCUGU